CUUGAUGGGGCUUACGGUAUUAUAGUGAAAAAAAGUGCUCAACUCUCUCUCUCUCCAAACACACGAGCAAUGGAGCGCCGAGUUUAUCAUCUGCCGCCAGCGUGGGCGGCUCUAUAAAACAGGACGCCACGAAGAACAGUAAUUCUUACGUGGAGAGGAGAGAUUCGAGAUAUGAUGCUGCGACGGUGAAUGACUGAUUUAUUUUUUUAUUUUUCAACAUACGCUCUUCGUUAUUCAACGCGUCUGCAAGUUUCGGUGGGUUUCAUUAUCCUCGCGUCUGUUGGUCCUGUCACUCAGCAUGAAUUUGCCGGAGAUAAAAAUGAAAACAACAUUUCUGUUUAUUUUCGCUACUUUAAUCGCCUUCACUUUGGCCGAGGAUUAUUACAAGUUGUUGGGCAUCGAUAGAACAGCUGAUCAGCGAGAUAUCAGAAAGGCCUUUAAAAAAUUGGCAGUGACAGAACAUCCGGACAAAAACACAGAUGACCCAAAAGCGCACGAAAAAUUCGUUAAAUUGACAACUGCUUACGAGGUAUUAAAAGAUCCAGACACGAGGAAAAAGUAUGAUCUGUACGGAGAAGAGGGCUUGGAUGAUUCCAAGAGACACGGCAAUUACCACUCGUACACAUAUUAUCAGAAUAAUUUUGGAAUUUACGAUGAUGAUCCUCAAAUAGUGACUCUAAACAGACACGACUUUUUUGAAAGUGUGCACGAAUCAGAAAAAAUGUGGUUUGUCAACUUUUACUCUCCACAAUGUGGACAGUGUCAUCAUUUGGCUCCGGUUUGGAGAAAAGUUGCCAAAGAUCUUGAAGGUGUUAUCAGGGUUGGUGCUGUUAAUUGUGAGGAUGACUGGAAUUUGUGCCAUCAAGUUGGAAUUCAAUCGUAUCCAAGUCUACUACAUUAUGCUCCGAACUCCAAAAAUGGUGUGAAAUACAGAGGUGAACGGUCCUACGAAGCUAUUAUGCGGUUCGUGCUGGAUAGAAUAGAUGUAGAUAUUCGUAAACUAAGCAAGUCUGCGUGGAAAAGAAUAAUGAAAGGUGAAGAUUCAGCUGACAGGCCCACCUUAGUAUUUGUAUGUAGCAAAAAUCAUUACUGUUUCUCACCAGAUGAAAGAUUGAGAGUGGCUGCUAUUUUUCAUCAAAUGGUGGAUGUCAAAACCUUCGACUGCAAGGACGAUGAUUGUAAAAAUUCACUGCCUGACUACUCGUCUAGUGCUGUGUAUUUCCCCAUUCGUAAUAAAUCUAAGUUUAAGCCUGUAUACUUUGAAGAUAUUUUAGAAGUAGAAGAUUUAGUUAAAAAAGUAUUAGAGCAAUUGCCGGAACCCAAGGAUAUCAGUGAAGAUGAGCUGAAUAAUAUUUUGGACGAUUUAAGAGAGGAUUCUAAUGAAGGGUGGUUAUUGUGCUUUUACAUUGGACACGCGACAGAUUUCGACGUCAUGUUAAAACAACUGCCUGGAAUACUAAAGGAUGUUAAUUUAGCUAAAAUAAACUGUGGAAGAUACUCUCUUUUGUGCAAGAGUCUAAAUGUGAAUCAUUAUCCAGCUUACGGUAUUUUGAAACCUGGUGGUGCAUUUGAAUUGAGUCAUGGGAAAAAUAGUAUGAAUGAUUUGGCAAAUUUCGCAAAGAAUAGUUUGAAAGCGAAAAAUGUAUGGGCUCUUUCAGCCGAUAAAAUACAUGAUAUACUUGGUGGAGAAAGUGGAGAAGCCUGGUUUUUAGAUUGGUAUGCCCCUUGGUGUCCGCCAUGCAUGCGUUUCCUUCCAGAAGUUCGUAAAGCUUCUCUACAGUUCGACUCGUCAGUAUUACAUUUUGGAACAAUCGACUGCACAACACAUUCCGAGAUUUGCCGACAACAUAACAUUAAAUCGUACCCGACAGCCAUGCUGGUUAAUGGCAGCCGUACACAUCGCUUCUCUUCCCAAAAAACUGCAACCGGUAUAGUGGAAUUCAUUAACGAAGCCAUUAGUCCUACAGUCUUUCAUUUGAAUUCCGACAACUUCAAAAAACUGUCAAAGAAGAAGUCCAAGCAUUUGUGGGUCGUGGAUUAUUUUGCUCCUUGGUGUGGUCCAUGCCAACAGCUUGCUCCGGAAUGGGUUUCUGUGGCAAAGGUGCUGAAGCCUCUUUCAUUUGUGAAAGUCGCUAGCAUCGAUUGUGAAGAAGAAAGAUCGUUGUGUCAAGCUCAAAAUAUUCGUAGUUAUCCAACAAUUAGGCUAUACCCACUGGGUAACGAAGGUUUGAGUUCCGUAGCAAUAUAUAACAACGGUCAAAGAGACGACACAUCACUUCUAAGGUGGAUAGUUCAAUUUCUUCCUGUAAAGGUUCAAAAUUUAAACGAGAACAACAUAAAAAAAUCGGUAUUAAAGACUGAGGAAGCCGUGGUGGUAGAUUAUUUUGCCCCAUGGUGCAGUCACUGCAUUGUUAUGGAGCCGCACUUUGCUAUCGCCGCACAGCUGCUAGAAGGUAAAGUGCGUUUUGCAAAAGUGAACUGUGACCAUUACCGAAAACUGUGCGAAGAAUCAGGCGUACGAGCUUAUCCUACUCUAAAACUGUACUCCACGAGACAACAUCGCAAGAGCUUGAAAGAUGGAAUAAAAUUGGAGAGCUCGACUGCCGAAACUAUAAGGGACGAAAUAUUGAAAAUGCUUCAACAAAAAAUUAGUUACAAUGACGUGGAUCACGAUGAGUUGUAA